AUGCACGAGGCGCACGAAGCGACCCGCGCGCUCUUGUCGCCGACCACGCAUCGCCACCAUCCGCUCUCGCGACCAGUCGUCCGCGGGACGAUCGCCAUUUGCGCGCUCGUGCUCGCGCUUCUCGUCUGGACAGCAUACCCGACAUUGCCACACAGCGCGAUGCCGAUUCCCGUCCUGUCCCGCGCCGACUAUGACGACCUGGACGACCCCGAGACGGCGCCAACGCUGCUGACGCUGCUGGCGCUCGGCGACUGGGGUGGGACACUUGGGAAGGAGUCGGGCGACCCCGGGUCGUGCUGCGUCAUGUACAAUGGGUCGGUCGACACGCGCUCGGACCGGUACAAGGUCGACUACUACGCGCAAUCGUACGUUGCGGACCUCCUGGCGGCGUCCGCAGCGCAGCUCGCGCCCGCCCGCAUCCUCUCGCACGGCGACAACGUGUACUGGGUCGGCGUCGGCAUGGCGAACGCAGCGUACCGCUUGGAGCAGACGUUCGAGGCGAUGUACGACCAGCCAUCGCUGCGCCACAUUCUGUGGCUAAACGUCGCGGGCAACCACGACAUUGGCGGUGCUAGCUUUAUCUGCGGCGACAAGGAGCCCUACUACGAGUGCAGAAGCGCCGACGAGCUUGUCGCGUACUUGGAUCGGCGCUUCCAAGCGCAAGCCUCGUACACGAGCCCGCACGGCGACCGAUGGGUGCUGCGUGACCACUACUACCUCGAGCGCAUCGUUCGCGACAAUAUUGUCGUCGAGGUGUACAACAUUGACACCAACAACGCCGAUAACCACGGUGGCGCGUCGGUCUGCUGCCAGUGCUACGGGUACGCGGCCAAGUACGGCUUCAACGCGGGCGAGUGCGACGCCGCCACUCGCGGCGACCGUGGCUGCGUCCUCGGGAACACUGAGAUGUUUGACGCGUGCAUGGCCCGCAUCGACAGCUGGGCCGACGACUCGUAUGCGCGCAUGUCGGCGGACCUCGCCGUCUCGGACGCGGACUUUACGCUCGUCAACACGCACUUCUCGCCGCACUACCACAUGGCGCCGGCCAAAAUGGCCCGCUGGGUCGAGCUCUGCGAGCGCUACAAGGUCUCUGCGUGGCUCAACGGGCACACGCACGGCUUCAACCACGACAUUGGCACGUGGGGGACGCACUUUUUCAUGAACGGCGGCGGCGGCGGGUACUUUACCGCCAACAACCCGAUCGUGACGACGCCGACGAUUCAAAAGUACGUUCUCCUGUCGUCAUUGGAUGGCGUCGACGAGGAGUACAUAUAUAGUCAAUGGCUCGUGGUCGGCGAGCCGUACGGUUUUCUCGAGCUCAGCUUUUCGCGCGACUGGCUCAAGGUGCAGUUUGCGACGUUUGAUGUCGACUGGCAAUUUGGUGGCUUUAACCACUCCGAGACGACCGUCGGCGGCGUCGCGCGCGGCCACUGCUGGUUCCUCCCGCGUGCCAGCGCUGGCACGUCACCUAUUGGACUUGAGUGCAAUGCGUCGUUCAAUGGACCGGUAGGUGCUCCCUUGCAGUGGCGCUAA